GACCCAGGAGGUAGGAGGGACAGGGAGGGACAGGUGCUGGCUCUGGGUCUCCUCCAGUGUCCUCCCGGGUGCGGCCAGCACCAUGGACACCUCACGGGCUCUGCUGCUCCUCCUGCUCCUGGCCUCUGGAGGAGGGGUCCUCGCCCUCAGAACCUCUUCUGGAGUUCAGCGGACCGAUUUCUCCUCGGACUCAGAAGGCUCUUCCCGGGGCCCGGGUUCAAAACUUCCCACCAUCAAACCCCCCAGCUGGAAAUUUCCGGAUCGGUCUCCAGAUUCAAAAGCCUCGGCUGAUAUUCCCCAUGCCGAAUGGGUUCCCGGGGCCCUGAAUUCGAGCUACGUGCCUGGGUCCUUCUGGUCAAAUGUUUCUGCUGAGGCCCGAAAUUUGACCCUGGAUCCCACCUUCUCUGAAACCCCCGCCCCUGAAGUAUCUUCUGAUGUCUCGGGUUCUCAAGUUCCUGCCAAAGACACGGAGCCUUCCUUCUCUGUUAAGACCCCAGCUGCAAACAUUUCUGCUCAAGAUACUAAAGUACCUGUUGAGGCUGCAGUUUCAACGUCCUCCCCCGGGGAUCUGGAUCUUGACUUCUCCGCCCAGAGCCCCGAAUCUAAACUUGCUGCGGAGGCCCGUCCAGCCUCCAGCUUCUCCCAGCAGGUGGGGGGGCCUCUCUCAGUGCUGGUGGGGGCCACCAUCCAGCUGCCCCUGGUUCCAGUCCCCAGCCCUGGACCCCCUGCUCCUCUGGUGGUCUGGCGCAGGGGCUCCAAGGUGCUGGCAGCAGGGGGCCUGGGGCCAGGGGCCCCUCUGAUCAGCCUGGACCCGGCAAACCGAGGCCGCCUACGAUUUGACCAGGCCCGAGGGGGUCUGGAACUCACUUCUGCCCAGCUAGAGGAUGCCGGGGUGUACACGGCUGAAGUCAUCCGUGCCGGAGUCUCCCGGGAGAUUCGGGAGUUCACGGUGGGUGUGUAUGAGCCCCUGCCCCAGCUGUCGGUGCAGCCCAAGACCCCGGAGACAGAGGAGGGGGCGGCCGAGCUCCGGCUGCGCUGCGUUGGGUGGGGACCGGGUCGCGGGGAGCUGAGCUGGAGCCGGGACGGGCGCGCCCUGGAGGCUGCGGAUCCUGCGGGAGCCGAGCCGCCCCGGGUCCGGGCAGAGGGCAACCAGCUGCUCAUCUCGCGCCCGGUGCGCAGCGACCACGCCCGCUACACGUGCCGAGUCCGCAGCCCCUUCGGCCACAGGGAGGCCUCGGCCGACGUCAGCGUCUUCUACGGCCCGGACCCGCCGGUCAUCACGGUCUCCUCGGACCGCAACGCCGCCCCCGCCCUCUAUGUCACCGCGGGUAGCAACGUGACCCUGCGCUGCUCCGCCGCCUCGCGGCCUCCCGCCAACAUCGCGUGGAGCUUGGCCGACCCGGCCGAGGCCGCGGUGCCCGCGGGCCCGCGCCUCCUGCUGCCUGCGGUCCGGCAGGGCCACGCCGGCGCCUACGCCUGCCUCGCCGCGAACCCGCGCACCGGCCGCCGGCGCCGCUCGCUGUUCAACCUCACGGUAGCAGAUCUGCCCCCUGGCGUCCCACAGUGCUCAGUCGAAGGGGGUCCCGGGGACCGCAGCCUCCGCUUCCGCUGCUCGUGGCCCGGUGGGGUCCCUGCCGCCUCCCUGCAGUUCCAGGGUCUCCCCGAAGGUGUCCGCGCGGGCCCGGUACCCUCUGCGCUCCUGGCCGUUGUCCCCGCUCACCCCCGGCUCAGCGGCGUUCCCGUCACCUGCCACGCUCACCACCUGGUGACCACACGCACCUGCACCGUCACGCCAGAGGCCCCUCGAGAGGUGCUGCUGCAUCCGAUGGUGGCAGAGACACGGUCAGGGGAGGCAGAGGUGGCGCUGGAGGCCUCUGGCUGUCUCCCACCUUCGCGAGCAUCCUGGGCCCGGGAAGGGCGCCCCCUGGCCCCGGGAGGUGGGGGACGCCUGCGGCUCAGUCAAGAUGGGCGGAGGCUCCUCAUUGGCAACUUCAGCCUGGAUUGGGACCUGGGAAAUUACUCCGUGUUGUGCAGUGGGGCGCUGGGUGCUGGGGGCGACCAGAUCACUCUCACUGGACCCUCCAUCUCCUCAUGGAGGCUGCAGAGAGCCCGCGAUGCGGCAGUGCUCACUUGGGACGUGGAGCGCGGGGCCCUGAUCAGCGGUUUUGAGAUCCAGGCACAGUCAGAGCAGCCUGACCUGGGCAGAGCUACCCUCUACAAGGACUGGGUCUCCCUGCUCAUCCUGGGGCCCUGGGAGCGGUCAGCCGUGGUGCCCCUCCCUUCUCAGAGCCCCAGGACCUGGGUCUUGCGUAUCCUGCCCACCCUGGGGGGCCAGCCAGGGACCCCAUCGCAAAGCCGAGUCUACAGGGCCGGCCCCACCCUGAGCCCCGGGGCCAUCGCUGGCAUCGUCCUGGGCUCCCUACUGGGCCUGGCGCUCCUGGCAGCACUUCUCCUCCUGUGCAUCUGCUGCCUGUGCCGCUUUCGGGGAGAGGCUCCUAAGAAAAAGAAGUGUCCCCCGGCGUUGACCCCUGUGGUCCCCCUACCUGAAAAGAAGAUGCAGAGUGUGACCCCAGUGCGGACCCCACAGCCUCUGCCCCUCAAAGUCCCGCUAGAGGACUCUAGCCCAACCAGGGCCCACCAAGUCACCGACCCCAGUCCAGUCAUCACUGCAGGUGGGGGCCGGAAGACUGUUCGAACAGCCACGCAGGUGUGACCAGGGCUGGCUGCCCACUCCGUGCAGGACUUUUGGGGUGGGACUUCCUGUUUUGCCCCCUGCAGCAGGCAGGGCCUUCCUGUCCUGCUACCACUAAGGGUUGGCGCCAGAAGUGGGACUUCCUGGCUGCCUCUCAGCGCAGAGAAAGACUCUACCUGAAUUUGUGCAACUAAGGAGAUGGGACUCCUGGGCUGGGAGAGACUCCUGCCCAUCUAACAGUGUGGUCUGCACAACCUCAAGCCAUGCCGG